AUGGGAUAUAAGGAUUUCUCAGAAGGUGGUGUUAUAAUUUUUGCUUCAGGUGUUGUUGGAUUGGUUAUGACAAUAUUGCUGAAACCAAGAAGAUUCAGAUGUGAUCCAAACACAAACUUGUAAUUUUCAAGGCAUUCCCCAAUUAAUAUUGCUUUUGGUUCAAUUUUGGUGUUAUCUGGAUGGCAUUUCUAUAAUGGAGGCGUUAUUGCAUAAGGAGCUAAUUCCAAAUACACACAGGGUCACAGGAAGAUUCUUUGCUCUCAUCAUUAGAUAUUUCUAAUAUGAAACCACAAGUUUGGUGGCUUUAUCUAGGGGCAUAAGUAGUGCUUUAGUGGCUGUAAGUGCUGCUACUGAUGAUAUGAAGUCAUGGACUGCAUUCUUUUAAGGUUUCUUGGCUGCUGGUGUCUAUAGUGUUUUGACAAAAGCAGUUCUAAAACACCAAAUCGAUGAUCCUGUUGAGGUUAUACCGUAAAAUAUUCUAUAAAUCAAAUAGAGUAAUGGAUUUUUGGGAAUUCUCUUUUCAGCAUUUUUUGACACUAAAGCAGGUUUAUGGAUGUGAUGGUAAGUUAUUAGGAAUGUAAUUGUUUGGAUUUUUGAUAAUAUUUGUAUGGGUUGGCUUCUUCAUUUUGAUUACGCUACUUAUGUUAAAGGGAUUCGGAGUAUUGGAAUUGAUAAGCCAUAUUGUAAUAUAAUAAAGUGGAUUAUUAGGCAUCGCUUUGUUAACUCAUAAGAUGA